AUGGUAAAAACCCUGAACGUGUAUCUCCGUCAAGAAGUCCCAGAUGCCACCUAUACUGCGAUCCUGGUUAGUCAGAGGGGUCCUUCAGAAUGGCACCGAGAUGUCAACAAUGCGGAAGGGUCCAUCAACUGGGUAGUUCCAUUAGGAGAUUUUCAAGGUGGCGAAAUUAGAGUGUUACCUGAAGGGCUAAGAACCGAUGAAGCUGAUGUAGAUGAGCAUAUGGGCAUCUUGUACCCCCCAGCAAAUCAUCCAGUGUCAUUCAAUCCCAAAAGGAGACACAAGGUUCUUCCUCAUACCGGGAAUCGUCUCGUCUUGGUUGCCUAUACACCUCGAGGAUGGACUCGUCUUCCAGAGUCGACGAUAAAGGAACUUCGGGAGCUUGGGUUUCCGGUUCCUCCGCUGCCUAAGGGAUCCGAGCCAGUAGUCAGAGCUGUUUCAGUAGCCUAUGUCGGCGACGACAGUAGUGAAGGCGAUGGUGGCUUAGGCUGCACCAUUGUAGAUGACCAGCAGUAUGCCAUGGAUGAGAAGUUGGUAGAAAUGCUGCAAGCUGACCUUUACUUCCUCUCACGGGUCUUUUCUUGGGAGUGUCAGUUGGCGUCCGAAACGCUGAGGGAAGCCGGGCCGUCAAACUGCCCAAGCAUGUGCUACAUCAACAUGUUGGACUCGCAAAUCCAAGAGCUGCAAGAGGAGUUGCUGUGGAUCGAUUCCGGGACAAAGCUUGAUGGCACUGUCAGCGGGCAUGAUGACGAGAGGCUAGCCAAGGCUAUGAUAAGGACACUAGCAGUGAAGGAAAGCGAGAAGGGCCCACAAGAAGAAAGUGAGCCAGAGGUGUUCCUGCAGGCUAGGACUAUCGACCCGCAGCAGGCAGCGGGCGAACUUGAAAAGUGGGUCCCCCCACUGUUGGACGAAUACACUGGGUUACGCUUUCAAUAUGAAGCCAUCUACCCCAUCGACGUGAACCAGUUGUGUGAGGAAGAUGUGCAGAGUGGAGCAAUAGAAAUCCUACCUGCAAAGGUGGUGUUCACGAGAAAGCCACCGGUGGGAAAAAGACGCGCGCGCAUAGUGGCGUGCGGAAACUUUCAGCAGAAGACCUGGAGCGAUCAAGUUGCAGUUGCUCGUCGAGAGGUAUACGCCUCUGGGCUAGACACCAUCGCGUUGAGAAUCCAGUUGCGACAGGCGUCUCUAUGUGGGUGGACCGCUGCAAUCCUAGACAUAAGAAAAGCCUUCCUGUAUGCGCCGCUGCACGAACGGAAGGGAAAAGGAAAACGCAUAAUCUUGAUGCCGCCUAAAAUACUGGUCAAGGCCAAGAUAAUCCCACCGUCGGAGCGAUGGGUUAUCCAGAGAGCACUAUACGGCUUGGACUUAAGCCCGGCGGCAUGGAGCCGACACCGUGACAAAUGUCUUUCUCAGCUGAAGUGGGCCUUCGAGGGUUUGGAGUACAGACUAACACAGAGCGAUUCCGAACCGUCUCUUUGGAAAAUCCAGGAUUCCAGCAACGCUUUGAAGGGGCUCAUUGGCGUAUAUGUUGACGAUAUGCUCUUGAGUGCUUGCAGAGGCUUCUUGGAAUCAGUGGCAGGGGCCAUUCAGACGCUUUGGGAGACCAGCGACAUUAAGUUUGCGGAGGACGGUUUGCACUUUCUUGGUGUUGAUAUCCGGCUGCACAAUGGUAGGUAUUACCUAACACAAGUGAGCUAUGUCACCGAGUUGCUGAACAGGCAUCCCGAAAUUGAGGGGACUGCGUCGACGCCGUAUCCAGCUGAGAAGGAUCAGGAGACCGAAGAAGAGAAUAUCCAGAUGGAGUCGGUUCGCUUAGCGCAGGGGCUGAUUGGAGAAUUAACGUGGUUGGCCACGAAAACAAGGUUGGAUAUCGCGUGGGCGGUGAACCGUGCUUCUCAGCUUUCUAGCAAGCGUCCUAGCAGGGCGAUUGCAGUGUGCCAAAACAUCGUGCGAUAUCUCCGAGGAAAGCCGGAUUUGGGCCUGGUGUACGGGCCGAAGCCUGCGCAGGGCGUGAAGGUCGAAAUGACGGAGGGGACUCUAGAAGUCGCCACAGACGCGUCGUUUGCACCGCUGGGCGAAAAGUCACAAACCGGCGUGGUGUUAAAAUGGGCCGGCGCUGUCAUCGGCUGGGUUUCCUCAAAGCAGACGUUCGUCUGCCUGAGUUCGGCAGAAGCUGAGCUAUAUGCGGCCAUGGAAGGUAUGGUCAUGACAGACAGUGUCAGUGACCUGGUACGCGAACUAGUAGGGCAGGUGGCGCCAGCUCUCUAUUCGGACAACGUUGCAUGCACUUGCUUGAUCGCUCUCCCGGCGGGCUCAUGGAGAACCCGUCAUUUGAGACUUCGCGCGAGAAGAUUGCACGAGAGAAUAGAGAAUGAGGAGCUUCAAUGUUUUCACCUACCAGGGGAGGUCAUGACCGCGGACCUAUUAACCAAGUCGCUUUCGUCUCAGAGGAUGCAGAAGCUACUUGACUUGGCUGGAGUCGUCCAGUUGUCCCAUGUCUUAAGAUGCGCCGUGGUGGUGCUGAGCAUCUCCAGAGCGCAAGCUCAGCCAUCUGAAGAUGAAGAAGAUGAAGCGUCAUGGGUGACAGUAGUCGCUUUUGGGGAUGACGUUGGACUGGUAGGGCCAGAGGAUCAGGUCGAAGUUGUGGCUGCGGACUUGAUCGCUAGGGCGCUAGAAGAAGAAGAACGCGGCAGGGCCUAA